AUUCCUGAUUAAUGUGUUUGCAUUAUUACUCAUGCAUUUUGUACACAGCCUCACCUAUCUCAAAAUACUCCACAUUUCACAUAUUCUAACCAUGGCGCAUAUGGCGUAUAAACUUAUUCCCCUCUGUCUGCUUCUACAUUUACUCCAUUUUACAGCUCAUGGUGUGGACUUGGCAGAAAAGGACUCUUCAAACCCGCAGCUUAAUGUCAACGAACCCUCUGGACCACAGAGUGUGAUCAUUUUUGGACCAAAUGCAGUGACUGUAGGAGUCCCAUGUAGCUAUAUCUGCUCUGCUGAUUGCUCACCUAGCUGCAAUUACACAAUGGGUGUUGACGACCAGACUGGAGUGGGCAAUGAGGUACAAUUUACCUUAAGCCAGUGGGUGAAGUCCAAAAAGUUGACCUGCACGGCAACAAACACAGUCACCGGAAAAUCCGCCACGACCAGGAAAACCCUGCGCAUUUUGGAGGGGCCAGUAAAUGUCAUAAUCAGUGGGCCACAGACUUUGACUCUAGGGGUAGAUCAGCGUUUUCUGUGCAGUGCGACCUGCAUACCCUCCUGCACUUACACCUGGGUUGUUGAUGGAGAUCCAGUUUCUGGCUCUGGGGAUGAGGUAGUAAUUAAGGCACCUUUGGAUGCCACCUCAGGAACCAUCAUCUGCAAGGCCACAAACAGUGUGUCCGGAUUGUUUGUAACAGCGGUCAGAAAACUAAAUGUUACAAGUGUAUGUAAACCUUUGGCAACCUCAGCUGCAUUCUCCGACAGAAAAACUUGGAAUGGAUCAUAAUUUUUAAGAAAGUGACCGGUCCACAGCUGAAAGAGUGGAGUUUCUGCCAACAUUGGUGUUUGCAAGCAUUAUACAGUUUAGUAUGAGGGUUACAUUAUGAGGAUCUUACUGUUUAAGAUAAGAAAAUCUUUACAUAAAACAACUAAAUCAAACUGGCCUUUAACAUAUUUAAAAAAAACCCCACAAAUCUUAAAAUGAAUAGUUUCAUGGAAGCCAAACAAAUAAAAAGUCACUGCCAAACAUGUUUAAUUUAUUUGUCUCUAAAUUUAUGGAAUACGAUGUAAGACGAUCAAACAUUUGUGACUUAACAGUGACAGACAAGCCUGUCUGGAAGACAAGCUUAUACUUUUUCAUAAACUGUCACUGAUAUAGAGUCCAGGUCUUUCUUCUCCCUCCGCAACACAGAAGUUAUACUCCAUAUUUCUUCUUUAGCCUUUGGACUGAAUCAUCCUCCAGUCCAGCAUGUGAAAUGCACUGAAACAGCUCUUGUAAUACUGGGGGGGAAAUAAGGGAAUAGAAUUAAUAUCCUGCAUUUAUUGGGACAUAACACAAAUAAAAUAUUAACAGAAGGAAGGUGAAGAUGUUGGUUAAAGGAAGGAUGUGUACAUUCUGCUGGUGUACAUGUGCUGUGAUUAUGUAAUAUAGAUUUUCCAAAGUGGAAAAUCGUUAUGAUGGCCAAGAAUUGAUGAAAUGCACCAAUGUAAUAAAGUUGUUCAAUAAAGCAGUGAAAUGAUUGCA